GCACGGAAUUGACUAGUCACUGAUCGCUGAGACUGAGGCGCAUGGGAUUAGAUGAGUGCUUGGACAACAAGCCAAGCCCGCCGCUCUGUGCGAUGCCCAUUCGCGGUAGCCGAUGAGGAUCACGUCCUCGAAGUUUCCCGGUGACAGCGAUGGAGUCGAUGGAAGCCCACAGAUGAGAGACUCAAGAUUCUGAAAAUCUAGAAGCAAGAUGAAUCAAUUUCGGCACGAUGAGUUCUUCAGUCACCCAAGCAACAUCGAAGAUCUUAAUUCAGGAAAUCUGGAGCUUGCCUCACUUUUUUCUUCUGAUGAUUUUGUUAAUUCAUCUCUUACAAAUAUCCAUAAUAUCCAAGAUGGAUAUCUUCAUUACCAAGCCUUUUUAGACCAGAAUGUUCCAGGUAAUAUUGAAUUGAGGGAAACUCAAACAUUGGAUGAGAAUAGCUUCACAAGUCUUCAGAAUGGAUCGUCAAGUUCAUCCACAUUUAGUCCCGUGCCCAGUGCAGAUCAAUCAUCAUCGUUGACUGUAAGCAGUGAGACGGAAGUUCCCGAAUUCUCUCCAGAUAUGGUAUUCAGCUAUAUUAAUCAGAUGCUAAUGGAUGAAAACAUGGAUGGCAAGUUUGAUGAGUAUCCAGAAGAUCCAGCUCUUUUAGCUACAGAGAAGCCCUUCUAUGAGAUACUUGGUGAGAGCUUCCCUCGUUUACCAGAGGAGAACUCAGGACCUGGUACAGAUAGCCUAGAUGAUAGCGUCAAUAACCAACUUUUGAAUUUAAGUGAUGAGGGCAGUAAUAACUGGCCUUACAAUCCACUGGAGUAUCACCAGCUUCAAACUGAUCCUAUUUCCAUUGCUAACACUUUGCAGUCUUCAUUUUCCUCUGCAAUCAAUGGAGUGCUGGAUGACUCAAUCUUCUCUGUGAAUGAUCUCCUCAGUCAGAGUGCACCGGCUUGGCUUUUUCAGAAGGGCUUUGAAGAAGGGAGUAAAUUUCUUCCCAAUGAUGAAAAAUUAGUGAUUGAUUUAGAAGCCAGUGGGUUUCACUUUCCUCAAGAGCCAACAGAGAAAGAAUUGGUUGGGAUCAAGUUAGAAAAUGGAGAAAAGGUGGAGCCAGUUCAUGGGUCAAGGGGGCGAAAGACACAGCAUGAUGAUGAUUUGGAUCUGCAGGAAGGGAGAAGCCAUAAACAACUAGCUUUCUCCGCCGAGGAAACGGCCAGUUCGGAACUUUUUGACGAGGUCCUGCUCUACAAUUGCGGAAACAAGUGUGGAACAAAGAAUGAUCAAAAGCAAGCUGAAUUGGAGAAUGAUGAAACAGGCAAAAGUUCUAAUAGUAGUCUAGCUAAAACAUCAAGUGGUGGUAAAAGCCGGGGGAAGAAGCAACCUAAGAAGGAGGUGGUUGAUUAUAGGACACUCCUCAUCCAUUGUGCACAAUCUGUGGCAAUAGGUGAUCAUCGAAGCGCAAAUGAUCUACUGAAGCAGAUCAGACAGUACUCAUCUCCUUUCGGAGAUGCAAACCAGAGGUUGGCAGCUUGCUUUGCUGAUGGCCUGGAGGCAAGAAUGGCCGGCACAGGAAGUCAGGUUUAUCAUUCCAUUGUAGCAAAAGGUAUCUCUACUGUUGAUAUGUUGAAAGCUCACAGGUGUUAUAUGUCUGCAACCCCAUUCAAGAAGCUCUCUUAUUUCUUAUCCAAUAGAACAAUAUUGAAUGUGGCAAAGGAUGCUACCAGAUUGCAUAUAAUAGAUUUUGGCAUCUACCAUGGCUUCCAAUGGCCAUGUUUCAUGACCCGUCUUGCUGAUCGACCAGGUGGUCCUCCUCGGCUCCGCUUGACUGGCAUCGACAAACCGAUGCCUGGUUUUCGACCAACUGAGCGGGUUGAUGAAACUGGGCGUCGCUUAGCUGAUUAUGCUCGUAGAUUUGGCAUUCCUUUUGAGUUUCAAGCAAUUGCAACCAAGUGGGAAACCAUCCGAAUUGAGGAUCUCAACAUUGAUAAAGACGAGGUGCUUGUCGUCAACAGUCUGUAUCAGUUUAAUAACCUGAUGGAUGAAACAGUGCAAGAGGAGAGCCCAAGAGAUAUGGUACUGAAGACCAUAAGAGAUCUUGAUCCAUCUAUAUUUAUCUUGGCAAUUGGGAAUGGGUCUUAUAACUCUCCUUUUUUUGUCACACGAUUUCGGGAAGUUUUAUUCCAUUACUCUUCAUUGUUUGACGCGAUCGAAACCAAUGUGCCACGGGAAGAUGAAGCCAGGCUGCUGAUAGAGAAGAAUAUCUUUGGCAAAGGUAUUUUAAAUAUCAUUGCUUGCGAGGGUGCAGAAAGGGUGGAAAGGCCAGAGACCUACAAGCAGUGGCAGGUAAGAAAUGUCCGUGCAGGACUCAGGCAACUUCCUCUAUCUCCUGACAUAUUAGGAACUGCAAAGGAAAAAUUGGAGGACUACCAUAAGGAUUUUCUAAUGGAUGUAGAUCGACAAUGGCUACUGCAAGGAUGGAAAGGGCGCAUCACUCAUGCCCUCUCAUUAUGGAAAUCCAAAUCCACUUCCUAAUUUUGUUUCAGGACCUUGAUAUCUUCCAUUGAAUGCUACCUGCCACUAAUAAUAUUCUUCAUAUGUUGCUUGCCUGGAUGUGGUUGAAAGCUACUUGAUGCGGAUGCAACUGACGGGGGCUAAAUUUCACAAGCAAAGUUUACUAAUGUAGCAAAGAGUUCAUGUUGCAUUCCAUAGUUCUAGUCUCCUGUACUUAGUUAUCCUACUAGAUGAUGUGUUAUUCCUAGUUAGGACGUGUAAUACACGUGUAUUGUAUUACAGUCGUUCAGACUUUUGGUUAGCAAGAUGAUAUCCUUUUUGCUACUUAGUUAUCCUACUAGAUGAUGUGUUAUUCCUAGUUAGGACGUGUAAUACACGUGUAUUUUAUUACAGUCGUUCAGACUUUUGGUUAGCACGAUAUCCUUUUUGCUGUACUAA